AAUAUCAAUCUCAGAGACUUUCAGAACUAAUAAUAAAUUUUGGUUAAUACUCUCUCAUUUGCAAUAACAAUAGCAAGCAAGCAUUGAUCAGAGGAUUAUCAGGUUCACAAUACUUUCCAACAUCAAUUAUUGUUGGGUGAGCCAGUAAUUACUGGUCAUAUACACAUCUACACUUGGUUAAUGCAUUUUUGUUGAACAUCUUUUAUGCAAAAAUUACUUCAGAAAAAUCUCAUUACCGGGCUGGAAAAUCUACGAUGGAGAAUUAAUUUUUCAAAUAGCAAAGCUCUAAAUUCUUUAGCGGAAAACAAAACAAAGUUCUCAAAAUGUAAUCACGUGGUAAAGCUGAUAUAUAGGUUGCACUAGUGGCUUUGCUGAGAAAACAAAAUAAUUGGAGUUGGUGGGGUUUCUUAUAUUGAUCAUAGGAAAAUAUUUAAUAAUCAUGAUCAUUUACUAUAGAGCUAGCUACUAGUAAAACCAUGAUUAGUCCACCCACCACAUGGACGUCUUACCAGAGCCUUGCUUUCUUUCUUUUGUUAUUAUCACUCUUCUUAAAUCUUAAUUUUCCAGAAGCUGCCUCUAGAUUUAUGUAUGUCUUCUGAGCAUAAUUUGAAUCCUUUUCAAAUUAUAUAAGGGCUGUUCUUUUUGUUGAUGCUGCCGCAGCAUUUAGCGUCUAAAAAAAUACACUUUAUCAUGGAUAAAUUCUUCAUCUCACUGAUUUUAAAAUAGACGCUAACAGCACCUCGACUGAAAAUUGACCGAUUUUCGUGACGCCAUAAAAACCAGCGACGGAAAAGGUGGAGGAGCGGCUGUGUUUACAAAACCGUAAAAGUAAUACCGUAAAAGUAGCUAUUUCCUGUAUAAUUUUUGAAACGCUGACGCUGCGUCAACAAAAAUAACAGAGCUAUAAUAGAAAUAAGCAGCGUCUAGCGAUGAAUGGAGAAACUGAUACUCUUGGACUUGGACUUCACAAAACCUAAAAUAAAUCUAUCGUUGGUAUCUUCAUGUUUAUGUUCCUAUAUACACGGGGAUGUGUGAAUUAUCUUCGACUUAAAGCAAAUAAAUUAUGAUUUACACAAUGAGUGUGGCUACUCGGUUUGGUGCAGGUACUUGUAAAGUAAUAAUUAAACUUAAGAUAGAGAUUAGUCCAAAAUCGGAUGGCUAUUGUUGAAUUUUGAAAACACGUAGAUUAGGGAUGGACGAGCUGUUCUUUGUGCUUUUCUUUUUGUCGAGGGCAAACUAUUUCCAUUUCGAAUACUUCUUUGGUUUAAAUUGGUUUGAUCUAACAUGCCUCUUAGAACCAUAAUAACAUUAAUUUUCAUCAUUCAAUACUAUAUAUUGUUAGUGAUUGCUAGUGUCCAAAGUACAUAUAUUAUUAUAAAUUUUGAAUGUAAAACGAGAAAUAAAAUGGCAAUUAGAACUACUGAUUAAGGAUUACGGUCUACUCCAAGUAUACAAAACCUUGUUUAGCCAAAAAAACCGUUUGCGUUUGAAGAUAUGUAGUUUCAAACCAAAUUUUAUAGUGAUUGUUGAGUUUAUAAACAGAGUAGUAACAAGUGUGAAUCUGUGAUACAAAAAUUCAUGAGUCCAUCGUUCCAAGCUUAUUACUUAGUGCCUCUAUAGCUUCAACUUUUAGUAAUAAGCUUGAAAGGAGUGGAAAAACUUUCGCAAAACUAAAAAAGCAAAAGAAAAAGUUAUAUUAUUGCAUUGUUGGAAAUAUCCAUAUAGAGAUUUAUUAUAAACUUUUUUUUACCAGGGUCAUGGAUAUAUAUUCUUAAUAUGUUUUAAAAGUUAGUGGUUAUCAGAACAUCGAAUAAGAUUUCACAUUAAAAAAAUGUUCUUUAACCAAGGGUUCAAGACCAAUAUGACAAAACUUUGAAUCAAGGAAACCACUUGCCAUUUUAUUAUAAAGUUAUGCCAUAGGAUUUCAUAUCCAACAUUGACGAUAUCUUAAGAAGAACUUAUCUCCGUGUAACACUUAUAAAAUUCUAAUUAUAUACUAGACAUUGAAAAGUCUAAAUUAAGAGAAAUGAGAUUAGGAAAUGUGAUGAUGGUGUAUGAUUGAUAGAUUUCUAAUAAAUAAAACCUUAGUGGAACUUAGAUUUUUUGAGUAAAAUAAUAACAAUCAUCUGAAAGAUUCUUUUUUUCUCAAUUAUUUUAUUAAACUUUUAAAUUCGAUUUGUCCCGUUACAAGACAAAAAAUAAAUGUUAUAACUCCGUCGGUUCAGACAUUAUAAAAUAAAGUCUAAAGACAGUGAUAUCAUUAACACGUGACAAAUAACGAUUGGUACACGUGUAUUUUAGUAUAAUAAAAGGAAACAUGGACGUUGAAACAAAAACAAUACCGUACCCUGAAGAAACCUUUUCUCCAAAAAAUAAUCCGGUAAGAAAAGACAUCGCACCAUGUCCGUUAUUGUUUAGCUUUGGUCCUACUACAGAGCCAACCAGAGAGAAGAAAUAGUAGUAGAAGAAGAUCAGAGAUUAACAUUAAUCAUCAGAGAGUAUGUCUUGAAAGCUUAUCAAGAACAAUGGGGUUAACUCUAUUCUCAACCACGUGAUCGUACAACUUUCUCUUCACGGUGGUUCAUGGAGAUGGAUGUUGAAUCCGUGCUUCGGUUUCUCCGACGUAACGGCUUAAAGGAGGCGGAGUCUGCUCUGAGAGACGACAUCAACGAGCAAAAUCAACUCGUUUCUUUUGACUUCGAGAAGUUUCUGUUUCCUAUUCCUCCGCCUAUCAGAAUCACGGCGAGUCCUCUUCCUACUCCUCCUGAUCCCUCCGGCGAUAAAGGAUCGGACUCUUCUUCAGACGACGAGUUUCUCAGCUUGGACUCUUACACUUCCGGGUUUGUGAAUCCGUAUGGAGAUGGUUCAUCAUCAUCAUCUGAAUCCAUGUCUCAGUUUGGUACGGCUCGUACGUAUCACGAGUGGAGUGAGUUUUACUUACAGACCAAGAACAAAGAAGGGACAGAAGAUGAUGAGUUCAUGUCUCCUGCAUUUACAGAAUCUGAUUUCUUUAUAUUCCCGGCACCUACACAGGAUAAGUUCAUCACAGAUAACCAAUUCGAGAAUAAUAAUCUUGGUGUCUACGAUAAAUCAUCAGAAGGAUCGCAAACUGAAGCAAGUCUUGAUUACUUAGAUAAGUCUUUUCUUAUCAACAAUCUUGAGGAUGACUCUAAAGAUUACACUGGUCCUGAAAGUGAGUGUUUUGAUGGGGAGUUGUUGGGGUUUAGUUGUGAAGAAGAUGCAAAGGAGAAUGAUGAUUCGAAGACCGGUAAUGAGGUGAAUGUAAUAGAUGAAGAGGUUAAUGUUUUUCAUGACCUUGAAGAAGAUGAGUAUGAAGUAUUUGAUCUUAGAAUCAUUCACUGGAAAAAUAGGACGGGAUUCGAAGCGAAUAAGGAUCUACCAAUUGUGCUGAACUCAGUGAUUGGAGGAAGAUACUACAUUACAGAAUACAUUGGUUCAGCUGCAUUUAGCAAGGUGGUUCAGGCGCAGGAUCUACACAACGGGGUCGAUGUUUGCCUCAAGAUUAUCAAGAACGACAAAGAUUUCUUUGAUCAGAGUUUAGACGAGAUUAAACUCCUUAAACAUGUCAAUAAGCAUGAUCCUGCUGAUGAACAUCACAUCUUGCGUCUCUAUGAUUACUUCUACCACCAAGAGCAUCUGUUCAUUGUGUGUGAACUUCUACGUGCAAACUUAUAUGAAUUUCAAAAAUUCAACCAAGAAUCCGGAGGAGAACCAUACUUUAACUUAAGCAGACUUCAGGUUAUAAUGAGACAAUGUUUGGAAGCCCUUGUGUUCCUUCACGGACUAGGAAUCAUACAUUGUGAUCUUAAACCAGAAAAUAUACUAAUAAAGAGUUACAAAAAAUGCGCGGUAAAAAUCAUUGAUCUUGGAAGCAGUUGUUUCCGCUCUGACAACUUGUGCUUGUAUGUACAAUCACGUUCCUAUAGAGCUCCUGAAGUGAUUCUUGGACUUCCAUAUGAUGAAAAAAUUGAUUUGUGGUCUCUUGGGUGUAUUUUAGCUGAGCUCUGCUCUGGUGAGGUUCUGUUUCCAAACGAAGCAGUAGCAAUGAUAUUGGCUCGGAUUGUUGCGGUUUUAGGUCCUAUAGAAACGGAGAUGCUAGAGAAAGGUCAAGAGACACAUAAGUACUUCACCAAAGAGUUUGAUCUCUACCACUUAAACGAGGAGAUGAAUGAGAUUGAAUACAUAAUCACAGAAGAGUCUUGCUUGGAAGAUCAGUUAAAUGUUAGAGAUGAAUUGUUCUUAGAUUUUGUAAGAAGUCUACUUGAAAUAAAUCCAUUGAGACGUCCAACAGCUCUAGAGGCACUUAACCAUCCUUGGCUCUCUUCUUCUUCUUACAAUUGAUUUUGAGUUUUUUUUUUGUUUGGCUUCUUGUUUUUGCCUGUUUUUUAUGAUUCUUUGUUUAUGUUCUGUUUCUUUUUCCUCCGGGAAUUUGUCUCUAAAAUCCAGUAAUUGUAAGGUUUAUGUGUAAAGAACUGUUUACAUUGAUUUCACACUGUAAAUACAAGAUUUUUGGCAAUAAGAUAAUUUCGUUAAUAGUA